AUGGCGACGUUUACCGCCCCCGCAAACGGCUUAAGCGAUCUGAAGUAUAAUACCGUUUGUGGCAUUGCACCGCUCAACACCAGGAUCGUAGGAGGUGUAAAUGCUCCUCCAGGGUCAUGGCCCUGGCAGGUCAGUCUACACGACAGAAACGGACAUUUCUGUGGAGGCUCCCUGAUCAACAGCCAGUGGGUCCUGAGUGCUGCUCACUGCUUCUACCCGAGCACCAGCACAUCAGGUUUAACCGUUUAUCUCGGACGUCAAACCCAACAAUUCCUAAAUCUUAACGAGGUGUCCCGGUCGCUGUCUCAGAUCAUCAUAAAUCCAGACUAUAACCCUGACACAAACAACAAUGACUUCUCCUUGCUGCUUCUGUCCUCUCCUGUUGACUUCACCGACUUCAUCAGUCCAGUGUGUCUGGCGCCGGGCGGCAGCACCUACCCGGACGGGACACCUAGCCCUUGUGUUUCCUCCCUGUGCCUUGUGUCCGUUCCCGUGUCAGUUUUACUCCUGCUUGUGUUCUGCCCGUCUGUUAAUUUUUUUUCUCUUCCAUUCCCUCAGAAUCUGCAGGGGGUCAGCCUUCCCCUUGUGUCCAACACGCAGUGUAACGAUUCUUACGGAACAAUCACAAGCAACAUGAUCUGUGCCGGUGUGACCGCGGGAGGGAAGGACUCCUGCCAGGGGGACUCUGGCGGCCCGUUGGUGACUAAAGUCGGCUCUGUGUGGGUCCAGGUCGGAAUAGUGAGUUUUGGAAAAGGCUGUGCUCAGCCCGGCUUCCUAGGAGUCUACACCCGAGUGUCCCAGUACACCUCCUGGAUCAACAACCAGAUAACCGGGAUAACAUCUGGAACCACUCAUCUGGUUUCCCUCUCAGCUCCUCUGCUGCUGUCCUUCUUCCCUAUUCUCUUCUCUCUCUCUGUGCUUUCAUAGCAACGUCUAACAGUCCGGAUCACUGGAUCUGGAUCAAUCAUUGAUGUAAAAACUUGCUGUCUGAUGUUUAUUUUCUCUCUUAAUUGAUAAAUUGUUUUGUCUUUAAAUAAAAGAAAGUAGAGAAAAAGUCUAA